GUCGGGACUGCGUCCGCUCCGAGCUGGCGCCGCAGCGGCAAGGGAAAAGGGGGCAAGGGAGGUGGAGGUGAUGGCGGGGGAGGCGGUGGUGGGGGCAGUGGAGGCGGUGGGGGCGGUGGCGGGGCUGGAGGGGCUAGUGGCAGCGGUUGGGGUGGUGGAGGCAGCGGCGGAGGAGGCGGCCGGGGUGGGGGCGGUGGUGGGGGCGGCGGUGGACGCGGCGGCGGCAGGGGCGGUGGUCGAGGUGGUGGCGGCGGCGGUGGUGGCCGUGGAGGCGCUGGCAGUGGCCAGAGCCAGCAGCACACUCCGUCGCCCCAGGAGCUUCGUGAGUGGUACUCUCAGCACGGGGGGGGGGGGUGGCCUUAGCUGCACGUACGUCAUCCGCACUGGUGACCGCACUGGCCAGACGUGUGGGAGGGCGCACACCACGCAGCGCUGCUUCUCCCGCCUCGACGACGCUUGGCGUACUCAGUUCCCUACUGCCACUGAGCUGCCCCGCUGGGCUGAUCUGAUGAAGAAAAACAUUGAUAUCUAUGCUCUAGACUUUGAUGCUAUUCUCACUGCCAUGUAUGUGUUGUCUACUAGUGGAGAGGGUGCUCAGUACCUGCGUGUUCCGCCCGACCCGGGCAUUCGGACCAGUGAGGCUGCCGCUCUAGGUGCUAGUGCGUCUGUUGCCCUAGGUGCUGGUGAGGCUGCCGCUCCAGGUAUUCGCGUGUCUGCUACCCCAGGUGCUGGUGAGGCUGCUGCUCUAGGUGCUAGUGAGUCUGCGCCCCCUGGUACUGAGUCUACUGAGGCACUGCACACCUUCACACUGGACUCAGGUGCUUCUCGCUGUUUCUUUCGUGACCGCACCGCCCUUGAGCAGCUUGCUCGGCCAGUUGCUGUCUCCCUCGCUGACCCCUCUGGGGGUCCGGUCAUUGCGACCUCCUCCACUGUCCUUCCUUGUCCUGCGGUCCCGUCGGGCACACUGUCAGGUCUCCACCUCCCCUCGUUCUCUACGAACUUGGUGGCGGGUUGUGCGCUCCAGGACGGGGGUGUCCACCAGUUCACCCCUGCCUACGAGCGCGUGACACACUGCACGUGUGCUUGGACGGGUCGCCACCUGGCUACCUUCACUCGGCAGCCGGGUCAGCUGUCGGCCCCCUGCUCGUGUCGCUCUCUAGCGCACGAGACCGUCCUCUGGCACCACCGCCUUGGUCACCCGUCAGUGCAGCGCCUUCGUGGCAUGCACAAACGGUACCUUGUCUCUGGUCUUCCCAGGGUUCUCCCUCCCCUCCCACCCUCGCCUGCUCCUCCCUGUCUUCCCUGUGUCGAGGGGCGGCAGCGCGCCGCUCCUCACUCCUCCUCGUUUUCCCCGACGACUGCUCCCUUGCAGACGCUCCACAUGGACGUGUGGGGCCCAGCCCGUGUCCGUGGCCAGGGUCAGGAGAGGUACUUCCUGAUCGUUGUUGACGACUACUCGCGCUACACCACGGUCUUCCCCUUGCGCACCAAGGGUGAGGUCCCUGAUGUUUUGAUCCCUUGGAUCCGCGCUUCUCGUCUCCAGCUCAGCGAGCGUUUCUACUCGGACUUUCCUGUCCUGCGUCUGCACUCUGACAGAGGUGGUGAGUUCUCCGACCUCUUGGCAGCCUACUGUGCGGAGCACGGCAUCCGCCAGUCGUUCACACUUCCGGCCUCUCCACAGCAGAAUGGGGUUGCUGAGCGCCGCAUUGGCUUGGUCAUGGAGGUCGCUCGUACCUCCUUGAUCCAUGCGGCUGCCCCCCACUUUCUGUGGCCGUUUGCGGUCCGAUACGCUGCGCAUCAGCUCAACCUCUGGCCCCGUGUCUCCUUGCCUGAGACUUCGCCGACACUGCGUUGGACGGGAGAGGUUGGCGAUGCGUCGCGUUUUUGGGACGUCACUUUUGACGAGUCCGUGCCCUACUACCGCCUCUUCCCCUACCGCACUGCCCCGCUCCCCCCCCCGCCUCUCUUCCUCGCGCCAGGUGCUGCUGUGGUAGACCCCCUCCCCCCUCAGGGUGCCGCUCCCUCAGGCGCUACUGGAGGUGCUGCUGCUGCUAGCGGUGCUGCUGGCGCUGCUGGAGGUGCUGCUGGUGCUGGUGCUGCUGGAGCUGCUGGAGGUGCUGCUGCUGCUGGCGCUGCUGGAGGUGCUGCUGGUGCUGGUGCUACUGGAGCUGCUGGAGGUGCUGCUGGUGCAGCUGCUGCUGGAGGUGCUGCUAGUGCUGGAGCUGCUGGAGGCACUGCUGCUGCUGGCGGUGCUGCUGGAGCUGCUGGAGGUGCUGGUGCUGGAGCCGCUGGAGCUGCUAGAGGUACUGCUGCUGCUGGCGGUGCUGCUGGAGCUGCUGGAGCUGGUGGAGCUACUGGAGCCGCUGGUCCUGGAGUCUGA